GGAAGUAAGAGGAAUGUGGGCCUGGCUGCAGCCGCGCGCCCCUGACCCCGGACCCCACGGCGGGGAGGAGGCUGGGGCGCAGGGCGGGCCCCGAGGGGUCGGAAGGCGGCCAGAACUCAGGCGGGGUCGUGUGGGGACGGGGUGGCUGGAAGAGGAUGGGGACGCAGCCAAGCCCAGGGUGCCCGGCCUGAAGAACAACCCGGGCCGUCUUUCUCACCAAGGAUGUUUCCAAAACCUUAGCCGACCCCUUGGCGGUUCCUCCACUUCCCUAAACUCUACUGAACCUCAGAAUAAUCCCGGGGGCUGGUUAAAACCCGGAUCCCCCGGCCCCACCCCGGAGAUUCUGAUUCAGCAGGACAAAACUGGGCCUCCAUGAAUUUGCAUUUUUUAAAUUAUUCUUUUUUAUUGAGAUGGGGUCUCACUGCGUUGCCCAGGCUGAUCUCAAACUCCUAGACUCAAGCAAUCCUCCCGCCUCAGCCCCGCAACAUGCUGGGAUUACAGGCAUGAGCCAGGAUCCCAGCCGGAAUUUGCAUUUUUAACAAAACUCCUAGUAGGGGGUGCUGGGCCAGGGUCCUCAGACCACUCUUUUGAGUAGUGCCACCUUAGAACGAAGUCCUGCUACUUGGCGGACCUAGAACCGUCCUCUGUCAUGUGGUUCCUCCAGUCUCACCUGUCCCCACCUCCUACCCCUCACCAGUGUACUAGCAAGACCCAACUACCUGCAUGUUGCGGUUCUCUCCUCUGUGUGUUUGCACAGACUAUUUCCUUCGAUUGAAAGGCCUUCUCUUCACUACGCUGCUGCUCAAACUGUCUGACUUCUACCUGCCCUUUAAAAUCUCCAUGGGUGUGUCAAAGAGUAUAAUCAACAGAGUGAAAAAAGCAACUUAUAGAAUGGGAGAAAAUAUUUUCAAAUCAUAGCUCUGAUAAGGAAUCAAUAUCCACAGUGUAUAAAGAACUACAGCUAGACCAUAGAAAAUCAAUCCUGAUUCAAAAAUGGGCAAAGGACUUGAAUAGGCAUUUCUCCAAAGAAAAUAAACAAGCAGCCAAUAAGCACUUGGGAAGAUGUUCAACAUCACUAAUCUUUAGGGAAACGCAAAUCAAAACCAUAGUGAGGCCCCCACCAUCCUGACUCUCCUUCCUUCCUUUAGAGGAUGUUGCCUUUUGGAUCGACCUCAACCCUACUCAGGGAGCCGCUCAGCUUCCUCAAGGGCCUGGAGUAGAUGGCUUCCAUCUUCUCUUUUGCCACCUGUGGAGGUUUUUAAGGGCAAACAGAAAUUCAAGUGAAUUGUCCUCCUACAGUUACUGACGAAACUAUUACAGCUACUUCUGAUUAUCCAUUCAGGUUAAAUCAGGCAUCAUUUCAGUCACCUCCAGGUAUUAAUGUGUAUGAUAUAAAUUGGAAAGUCAAGUCCUCCUAGGAGAUGACUGUGCUUCUGCACAAUUCCAUUACAUUUGCAGUUUCUGUCUUCCUGUACUGCAUUGCUGUCCUGCUUUAUGUUGGUUACAGGAACCUAUAUCAGGGUAGUCAUAAACUUCCCAUGAUUGGCUUUGUCAUUACUCUUGUUGCCAUCUUUUGUGAUUGGUGAGCACUUCAAAAGCUCGCUUGGGCAAAAGCUCUUGCAGAUAUUAAAAUAACUACUGGUCAAAAUAUUGUUCAGGAACUUCUGCUUGUAAGAAACAUAAUAAUGUGUUAUUUUGGCUCUGUGACCAGCAUGGGAUUCCUAAAUGUAUCUGUGAUCUUUGUCUUUCUGAAUAUGACACUUUGGAGGGGAAAUGCUUGGUGUGUGUACAAGUAUCAGGAGACCAACUUACACAACCCAUCAAAUACUUAUGCUCCUCAUAGCCAAGGAGGUAUUCCACCUCCUGCUGGAAUGUAAUUAAAGGGAGAAACACACUGUAUGAAAUAUAUGUCUAUAUCAUGACUUGUUGCCAACAUCUUGAGGCACAUUAUUUGUUUCCAAUAAUAGUAAUGUUUUUUUUUUUUUAAGCCACACAAUGAGGUAUCACCUCACACCCAUCAGAACGGCUACUUUAAAACAAAAACAGAAAAUAACAAGUGUGGACAAGAAUGUGAAGAAAGUGAAGCCCUUGUGCAGUUGGAGGGAAUGUAAAAUGGUCCAGCCACUGUGGAAAACAGUGUCUUCAUCUGUUUCCUAUUGCUAUAACUGAACACCAGAGACUGGGUAAAUUAUAAAGAAAAGAAUUUAUUUCUUACAAUUCUAGAGGCUGGGAAGUCCUAGGUCAAGGGACUGCAUCUGCUUGGCCUCUGGGGAGGGCCUCAUGUCAUAACAUGUCAGAAGGCAUCACGUGGGAAAGGGGUGCACUGAGAGCCAAACUGCCUUUAAUAACAAACCCAGGCUGGGCACAGCGGCUCAUGCCUGUAAUCCCAGCACUUUGGGGGAGCAGGGGGUCAAGGCUUGCAGAUCACUUGAGGCCAGGAGUUCAAGACCAGCCUGGCCAACAUGGUGAAACCUUGUCUCUACUAAAAAUACAAAAAUUAGCCAGGGGUGGUGGCAGGUGCCUGUAAUCUCAGCUACUUGGGAGGCUGAGGAAGGAGGAUGGCUUGAACCCUGGAGGCAGAGACUGCAGUGAGCCGAGAUUGUGCCACUGCAUUCCAGCCUGGGUGACAGAGUGAGAUUCUGUCUCAAAAAAUAUAAUAUAAUAUAAUAUAAUAUAAUAUAAUAUAAUAUGGCACAAAGAAUACUAAAUAGACCUCUGUACUUGCCCACACAGGUUUAACAAAUGUCAACAUUUUGCCACAUUUGCUUUCUAUUUCUCUUUUUUCGAAAAAACAAAACAAAAAAACCCCCAAAACUGAUAAAUCUAAAGCCCUCCCAUUUUCCCUUGUAUAGGUAACCAGUGUCUCAAGUUAGUGUAGAUCCUUCUUGACCAUGUAUAUAUACACAUACAUACAUACACAUUUACUACAGAGGUAUAUAUCAAUGUAUACAAUACCAUAUCGAUAAUAUGUAUAUUUCAUACGUAUAUAAAAUAUGGGGGCCCAGGAAGCGAUCCUCUUGCCUCAGCCUCCAAAGUAGCUGAGAUUACAGGUCUAAGCCACCACGCCUGGCUAAUUUUUAUAUUUUUAGUAGAGAUGGAGUUUCACCAUGUUGGCCAGGCUAGUCUCGAAUUCCUGGUCUCAAGUGAUCCACGCACCUCAGCUUCCUAAAGUGUUGGGAUUACAUACACAAAUAUAACACAUACAUUUAUAUGUACAUAUACACUAUCAUACUGUGUAAAUCUCUUUGAAAUUUGCUUUUUCACUCAUUUUUGAGAUUUACCCAUGUUAUUACAUUGUAGAUCUGAUUCGUUAAUUUUAAAUGCUCCAUAGUUUCCCAUUGUUUGAAUAAACCUGUUUAUUUAUUUGUUCCUUUCCUAA